ACAGCACUCGCGAAAGAGGAGGAGAGAGCAGAAGAACAUCAGCGGCUCCACCACAGCAAGCCGGGUGGAGAAGGAUGUGUAAUUCAGAAGAAAUCUGACGUUACGUCGCUUCCGCUUCACUUUUCCAGGAGGAGCGCUUGAAAACAAACCUUCUCGUUUUUUAAUGAGUUGAUUUUGAAGUGUCGCGCGACCAGGGAGCUACUGUCCAUCAUGAUGGAGUCUCUCCUAGACAGUUUUGUGGUGGACAAACUCUAUCCCCACGCAGGGACCAACCUGUUGGACCUGGAGGAGCUGAGCGACGGUGAUUUCCUCACGAACGUGCCCUUUUCAGGUGACCAGAUGGACGACUUCAGCACUGAGUUAUUUAACAGUUUCUUUGACGACCACCUGCAAGAGCGCCCCCUGCUGGCAGACAGAUCUUCUCCUCUACACCUCAGCAUGGACAGCAGCCCAGAUAUCCAGGCAGAGCACAGCUACUCUUUGAGUGAAGACUCCGCCCCCCAGAGUCCAGCCCUGUCAAUCAAAAUGGACCAAGAGUCUGAGUUUGAGUGGAGCUUCAGUCAGGACCUGUCCUCCAUCCUGGUGAAACAGGAGGAGCCCGACGUGGCUCAGAGACUAGAUCCUCCUCCUCUGGACAGCCCAAGUCUCGUAUUAAGCCCCGCCCCUCCUCACAGAGGGUUACCAUGGAAACACACGGAGCGCCACGAGGAUGACGUGAAGCCAGUCGCCAUAAAGGAUGAACCCGGAGAGAUCGGACAGUACCUCAGUCUGCCCAGCGACGACGCUCUCCAGCUCCCGCCCACCCCUCCAAGCAGUAACCAUGGCGACAGUGACGGCUCACUCCCACCCUCCUCCCCGCUCCUCCCUUUGCCACCCUCUUCCCCCCAACCACAACAGAGGCCGGGAGGUCGUGGCUCUUCCUCCUCCUCCUCCUCCUCGUCAGCCAUCUCCUCCUCACCGCUCCUCACUGCUCCACACAAGCUGCAGGGUUCUGGGCCCUUGAUGCUGACGGAGGAGGAGAAGAGGACCCUGGUUGCCGAGGGUUACCCCGUGCCCAACAAACUUCCCCUGACUAAGAGUGAGGAGAAGGCACUGAAGAGAGUCCGGCGGAAAAUUAAAAACAAGAUUUCAGCUCAAGAGAGCCGGAGGAAGAAGAAGGAAUAUGUGGAAUGUCUGGAAAAGAAGGUGGAGGGCUACACGUCAGAAAACGGCGACCUGUGGAGAAAAGUAGAAAACCUGGAGACCGCCAACAGGUCCCUCCUGCAGCAGCUGCAGAAGCUCCAGUCUCUGAUUUCAGGAAAGGUCAUCCCACGUUCUUGUAAGAUGGCCUCCACUCAGACAGGAACGUGCCUCAUGAUGAUGGCCUUGUGUUUCGUCCUGGUGUUGGGAUCCUUCUCGCCCUGUCUCCCUCCUCUGUCUUUUCUGUCCCACUCCUCGUCUUUGUCCUCCUCUUCCUCUGAGUCCCCACCUUCCUCUCAUCCUACGCCGUCGGCGGACCUCUACACAACCAGUCAGGUCCGCUCCCGCAGCCUGCUCUUCUAUGACGAGCAGCCGCUGGAGGAGAGUUUGGUGCCGUCAGACGGGGGAAGGCUACAGUCAGAGAGCCGCUCUCACGUCCACACGCGACGGCACACCGCCAACGUCCUCAGCAACCAGACAUCCGGGUCCAAACUAGACCAAAGAGAAAAAAAACCAGGUGGCGUCUCGGAGGUUUUCUGACCCGCGGCACUUCACUACAACAGCUCCAAAACGCUCCAGAUCUCACCACCUCCACGUGUCUUACAUCUAUCUGCAGCUCUUCAGAUCCUCCAAACCUCCUCAACCGGAUUUAAGACAAACCCACUUUUAUGCACUAAAAUCUCAAUUUUACCUUCAUAAUUGGUUCACACAUACAUUAAAACAUGUCAUUUUAUCCUGAAACAACUUACAGCUGCUUUAUGUUUCUAGAAUAAUCGUUUAUUUUCUACAGGAAACUCCAAAAAGUCACCAUUUUAAAUGAUCUAGUUCUAAUUUGACCAAGGGGUCAUCAGGGGUUAGUGCUUUAGCAAAAGUAGGAAAGAAGACCCCAACAAAAGAGAAGCAACAAAUCCCACUUUAUGACUUUAUGAGUAACAAACUAUUUCCUGCUUUAUAAAAAAAAACAAAGAUCUCAUGAAAUUAUUCAUGUUUAAAAACGUCUGAGAGAGAAUACGCUCACCGGAGACGACAGAACCGGUUAAUCUGGUCAGGACAUCAGGUUUGAACCGCUUUAUUUUGAAAAUCUAUUGUUUGGUUUUAAUUUCCCAAAAACACUGAAGGUUAAAAACAUAACAAAGUAUUUUUGUAAUUAAACCUGUAUAAUGUAAGCAGAUUUUAAUUUAUACCAACAACAAAAAACUAGAUCUUGUUUUUAUUUCAUCUUCGUUUCAUUUUUUCUAAAUAUAAAAAAACAUUUCUUUUAAUAUAUUCUGAGAAUUAAAAAGAGCAUAUUUAUUUUAUGCAAAUAAAAAAGAGAGAGAGCGCAGGGACUCAUGUUGUUUUGGUUUGAGGAUGUGAAGUUUAUGGAGACACCCCCCCCCCCCCCCCCCCCCGGUUCU